CAUUUUAUAAACCAACCGUCCCCAAUUCCAGACGCAACAAAGAAAGCCCCAGCACUGUAGAAUACAAAUAACUCAAAACCCUAGCUUAAGCUCAAAUCUCUCUGUAAUGGCGGAAGCUUCCGAAGCUUCAAACGACAUUGAGAAGCUCUACCAGUACGGCGAGCGUCUCAACGAAGCUACCGAUAAGUCUCAGAACGUGAAGGAUUACUUGGGAAUAAUUGAAGCAGCAGGCGGGAGUGUGAAGGCUAAACAACUCGCUGCGCAGCUUAUUCCUAAAUUCUUCAAGCACUUUCCUACUCUAUCCGUGCAAGCUAUUGAUCAGCAUUUUAAUCUCUGCGAAGAUGAGGAGCUCGGGGUUCGUGUACAAGCAAUACGUGGGCUUCCACUCUUCUGCAAAGAUACUCCUGAAUAUCUUUCUAAGAUAGUUGACGUGCUAGGUCAGCUGCUUCCAGCAGUGGAAAAUGUGGAGCGGGAUGCAGUUCAGAAGUCACUCAUGCUAUUAUUGCGGCAGGAUGUGAAGACAUCUAUUACUGUUCUUUUUAAGCACGUUGGAAGUGCUGAGGAGCCUGGCAGCGAUGAAACCAUACGUGAGAAAGUUUUAUGUUUUAUCAGAGAUAAGGUAUUUCCUCUUAAGGAAGAGCUACUAAAGCCACGGGAGGAAAUGGAGAGGCACAUAACCAAUUUGGUGAAAAAGAGCCUGCAAGAUGUGACCGCAGAUGAGUUUAAAAUGUUCAUAAACUUCUUGGGGAGCAUGAGUUUAUUUGGUCCAGGUGCACCAGCAGAGCGUUUACAAGAGCUUGUUGAAAUUAUUGAAGCACAGGCUGAUCUAGAUGCACAAUUUGAUGUUUCAGAUGGGGAUCACAUUGACAGAUUAAUAACCUGCCUUAAAAUGGCCCUUCCUCUUUUUAAGAGGGGUGCAUCAAGUAGCAAGUUCCUUGACUAUCUAAACAAACACAUAUUACCUGUAUUUGACAAGUUCCCCGAGGAGAAAAAACUGGACUUGCUAAAAAACCUUGCAGAAUGUUCGCAUCAUGUAUCACCACAGGAAUGUCGCCAGCUUCUACCUUCUGUUGUUCAACUUCUAAAGAAAACAAUGGUCAGGAAAAAGCUCGAGGAGAUGAACUUUACUUUUGUGGAAUGCCUAUUGUACACCUUUCACCAUCUAGCUCACAAGGCUCCUAAUGCCACUAAUAGUCUAUGUGGUUACAAAAUUGUGACUGGCCAACCAUCCGACAGGCUUGGGGAAGAUUUCACAGAGCUUUAUAAGGAUUUUAAUGAAAGGUUAAGUACCAUUGAGGUUUUAACUAGAGCUAUGUUGAAGAAAUUAACCCAGGGGAUGACAGAGCACAACAAGGACAUGGCAGCUGCUAAAACAGAUGAAGAAAGAAAUGUUGUUAAAACACAGAAACAGAACGCUACUGCUGGUCUCCGUAGUUGCAACAACAUAAUAUCAUUGACUCAGCCCUUGCAUUCGAAAAUACCUGCGUUUAUUGGGGAUGAGAAAAUCAACUUGUCAUGGAAAGAAGCUGCUAAACCUUCAGCACGAUCAACCGCUGUCACGGGUGAUAAACGUGCUGCUGCCGCUGCUGGUAAUGGUUCUGGCACAUACCCAAACAAAAAGGGUCGGGGACCUGGUUUUUCACAAAAUCAACUUGUAAACAGGGCACUUGAUGGGGUACGUGGUGGUGGUGUUGGAGGGAGAACUGGUGGAAGGGGUAGGGGAUGGCGAGGCCAUGGAAGAGGGAGAGGUUACCGUUACUAGCAUUUUUGACUUUCUAGAGACCUUUGUACAACUAAAGAAUAGUGACUGCUGCUCUUGUACUUUACAUUGACUUGUCUUCUAGGGCGUUGUUCAAACGAAAUUCUGUAGUAUUCUUGGCAGUGAGACUUGUAGUCCAGUCAUUCAUUACAAUUUAUCAAUUUUAAUCUGACUUGGCCCCA